UUGACGGAGAUAACAAUUUAUGUAUUUUCAAAACGUACAACAAGCAGUACGCUAUCAUCGUUAUUAUAAAACAUUCAAUUAGUAUAUACAUAUAACUAUUAAUAUCACUAAGAAAUGAGUUUUGUUAUUCUAUAAAUCGUAGUUCAAGAAGUGGGUACGACAAGACGAAAAGUUUUAAUUUUGUUCAGAAUUCGGAAAGUUGAGAUUGUUUUCCCCGGUCAAAGUGGCUCGAGACCUUGGAGGGUGAGGGGCGGAGCAGCCGGCACCAGCAACAGGUCAGAUGAGAUCAAUACGGAGGCUGGAACAGCGGACAUGCGCACUCAGACCCGCGACCACCAUGCGCCUUGCGAUCGUCCUCGCGCUGUCAUUCCUAGCACCAGGUAUGUCAAAAGAUACAUUUCAUUAUGCAUCUUGCUAAAUAGACAUAAAUUUGCAUCCAAAUCACAUUAUCCAUAAAUGCUUAAACAGCUUAUAUCCGAAUCAAACGUCUCAACCAAGCCCGUUGACAUGUCCCUUCUAAAUGUCAAAUCACAAAUGUCCAUAUCACAGAGAGGAAACGAGCUGCGGAUGCUUGGUUUUACUUUUAUAGAUUUAAACUUACUAAGCGAUUGUGACCUGUUACGCGAUAGUGUCCACGUGACAUCGGCAGCGGCGAAGCCCAAUAAUGAGCUGUGGUGUUAUAAGUGCCUGGCAGAGGAUCCGGAUGGGCCCUGUGCUGAUUUACGACAUAAUAACUCAGCACUCAUACACCAAUGUAACAACGAAAAGCGAAUGUGUAUGGUAAAAAGAUUUUCGUAUACCACUUCCAACGAAAACUCCACAACAGCUCUGAAGAUGUGGGCAUUGGAACGCAACUGCACAAAACAUUGUGAAGCUGGUUGCAUUGUCAUCGGUGAAAGGACCAAGUUGUACGCCUGUACUUCGUGUUGCACCACCUCACUAUGCAACUACGGAUCUGGCGCUCAACAAAUUAGCAUAUAUUUCCUUAUAAAUACUUUCAUUACUGCUCUAGCUCUUCUAAUUUAAAUAAUAAAGUAGUUAGAUCAAUAUUAUUACUAAAUUUGGUCAUGUUCUAGUCUUAAAUUUUAAUUCAUUAAGAUUAAUGAAGUUGUUCCUUUGAAUAAAGCUCAACAUAUCUUUUUGUUUAAAAUGCUUCGUAGUGCGAUGCCUACAUUAGGUGUCAGUUAAGAUUAUCGCAAUAAAAUAAAAUAUA